AUUUGGUUGCAUGCAUUCAACUAUGCUAAAAGAACUUUUGGAUUCAAUAUUAACUUAUAUAACUCUCAUCUCAUGCCACUUCCUCAAAAUUUCCCUAUUUUGAUCUUUUGAUUUUGUUCAUAUCUUUCAAUUAAUUAUUGAAUUUUGAUCAUAUUUGGCACAACUGAAGCCACCCAAAAGUUUUUUUUGUUCGUUUUUAAGUAGAUUUUAACAUUCUGAACGGCCAGAAAAAGCUGACUCCAAAAUUUGUUCCAAAGUGUCCCUACGAAAUUUCAAGUUGCCUCGUUUGGAAUGCCAAAGGCCUAGUUUUGUUAAAUCAAUUUGUUGUCUAGUGCCUUAUUGAAAGUACUUUUUCUUCUUCUAUUCUUAAUCAGGUAAGAAAGAGAAUGUCACUAUCUAUGUGCCAACAAACCCCAUUUUUUCUGCACAUUCCUCAAUCUGGGAAAGUCCACUGUCGCCAGCCACCGAAGGAGAAGGUGGUGGUUGUCUUGGGAGCCACAGGGACUGGAAAAUCUCGACUUUCCAUUGACAUAGCCACCCUUUUUCCGGCUGAGGUUGUAAAUUCAGAUAAAAUGCAGGUGUACGAAGGACUGGACAUAACAACGAACAAGAUUACUCAAGAAGAGUGUUGUGGGGUACCCCACCACCUCAUAGGAGAAAUAGAUCCUAACAUGGAUUUCACAGCAACAAAUUUUUGUAACAUGGCUUCCCUUGCUAUAAAGUCUGUAGUCAACAAUCGGAGGCUUCCAAUCAUCGUAGGAGGCUCGAAUUCAUUCAUCGAGGCACUCAUUGAUGAUAAGGACAACGAUAAAUUUCGUUCCAAGUAUGAAUGUUGCUUCCUCUGGGUGGACGUAUCGAUGCCUAUGCUCGACACGUGUUUGUCCGAUCGAGUUGAUCGAAUGGUGGAAAGGGGAAUGGUGGAUGAGGUAAGAAAAAUGUUUAGAUUGAACGCAAACUAUUCGAGAGGAAUUAGGAGAGCAAUUGGUGUCCCCGAGUUGGAUCGUUACUUCCGGGCCGAAUCAUCUUCUGAUGAUAAAACUCGUGCUAGAAUACUCGAAGAAGCAAUAAACAUGAUAAAAUUCAACACGAGCAAAUUGGCGUGUCGCCAAAUGGAGAAAAUAUAUCGACUUAGAGAUGUGAAGGGAUGGAAAAUGCACCGGAUUGAUGCCACCGAUGUGUUCAGAAGACGAGGCAGAGAAGCCGACAAGGCGUGGGAGAAUUUGGUGGCGGGGCCAAGCGCGAUGAUAGUGAGUAGAUUCCUAUACAAUUUUGGCCCUAUGGAGUAUAGGAAUUUGAGGGCACUGAGAGGUCCGCUGAUGGGGACGGCUGUAGCAGCAGCAACUCACUAGGCAGCUAUUGCCACUUCCCAAGGUGGACUGUACAAUAAUCAACCGUAUCAAGGAAUUAAAAAAAGGUUCAAAAAUAGUCCAUUAUAAUAACUCGUAAUGAAUUAUAAUAAGUACAGGAGUGAACCUUUUGUAGAUGAGUUAACCUGCUUGUGCUGUACAAGACUUACAAUCCCCUCACACGAGGGGGCCCCACAUAAUGAAUUACAAUAAGUACGGAAGCGAACCUUUUGUAGAUAGGUUAACUUGCUUGUGCUGUACAAGACUUACAUCUCCCUCACAUGACGAGGCCCCAUGAUUAGUGUGCGACCCCCUCAUGUGAGGGGGCUAUCAUGCAUGCUGUACACUUUAGUGUACAGCAAGCAUGAUUAUUUGUAAAUUUUCGUAUCUUAAAAUUUUGUCAGUCCUUGUGUAGUGAUUUAUGGCAUCUCUUUAGGCCAUCAAAUAAUUGGAUUGUUCUGUGUCGCUUGCUCAAAUUUUUGGAUUCGUACACUAGUACAUUGAGACUUGGAACUAUGAAUCUUAUCGUUUGCUUUGGAAUUUUCCAUCUUUUUAACCCAGUGGAGA